GGGACAGCUGGGGCCUGAGCUGUCCUCGCCUGCCCAGACCGCCGGUUCUGAAGGGCACUGCUCCCGGCAGGACAUGCCCCCAGACCAGCUCACGGGGGCCUUUGGGAGCUGGGCUUUGGGUCUGCGUGAGUUGAAACCAAUGUUCUGCAGACACAUUCGUUUCUCUGCUCUUGGAGGAGUUUAUUUUCCCCUUCAGUUUCUCGGGGAGAGUUCUUUUGGAAAAACGCCAGCCUCGUCUUGGCUGGGCUAGGAACACAGUUCGUCCUCGCAGGGAGAGCACUGGUUACCUGCAGAUGAAUCUGGGCUUUCUCACCUACCCCCUCUGAGCCUCAGCUUCCUCAUCUAUAAAAUGGAGACAAUUCCAAUCUCAACCUCUCAGGGCAACUAUAGGAGGUUGGAAAAUGAGAAAUCGUCUCUGAAGACUUCUGCAGAUGUGUACGGCAUUCUGACGAUAGAAGCCCGUCUUGGCCCGCCCCUUUCUGUAGCAGCACCCGGACUGUCUGUAGCAAGGACCUGGGCUGGAAGCUUUCUCUGCGUCCCUUCUCCCUGGUCUCCUCAGCUGCUGCGAAUGGUGCGGUUCCUUCAAGUCCAGGGCUCUGGCCCGGAGACGGAAAGACUCUGUCUGUCCAAGGUCACAGAGCAAGCCAGUAACAAUGCAGGGCCCGAACCCGGGACCCUGACUUCCCACUCCAGGCCGCAGAGGCAGAUUGCCCAGGUUUGAGUCCUGGCUCGGACAUUAAUUGCUGUGUGACCUUGUACGGAGCCUGCGGCUGCAGAGGCCUCCGAGCAGGGCCAGGCCGGGCCCUGCCCGCAAGGACGCCCAAGCCCCUCACCGGCCCCUGGGCCUGGGAGCCCCCCUGGCUCUCCCGCCAGCCGCGCCAUGACUUCGGAGCCCACCUCGUCCCCGGUCGUGCCCCCACUCCACUCCCCAAAGUCCCCGGUCUGGCCCACCUUCCCCUUCCACCGGGAGGGCAGCAGGGUCUGGGAGAGGGGCGGUGUCUCCUCUCGGGACCUGCCCAGCCCCCUGCCUACCAAGCGGACCAGGACGUAUUCAGCGACAGCCCGCGCCUCUGCUGGCCCCGUGUUCAAGGGCGUCUGCAAGCAGUUCUCCCGCUCCCAAGGCCACGGCUUCAUCACCCCUGAGAACGGAUCCGAGGACAUCUUUGUGCACGUGUCAGACAUCGAGGGGGAGUACGUCCCGGUGGAGGGCGACGAGGUGACCUUCAAGAUGUGCCCCAUCCCACCCAAGAACCAGAAGUUCCAGGCUGUGGAGGUGGUGCUCACCCAGCUGGCCCCCCACACUCCCCACGAGACGUGGUCCGGCCAGGUCGUGGGCUCCUAGGCUGGGCGGGGAGUCCCCCGGGGUGGACAGGUGGCAGCCGGCUCCCUGCCCCACGGCACUGGCUGUGGUCUGUCCCCCGGGCGGCCUCAGUGCGCGAGUCUGUCUGUCUGUCUGUCUGUCUGUGUUUACGGCCGUGAGCGUGUGCCUCCAUCCAGCCCUGUGACCCGUGACUGUUAUGUGAGCUGGACGGAGGGGGCAGCCCCUGGACUUGCCUUCUCUUCUCGUCCACUCUCCCUCCUUCCUCCCCUCCCUGCUGAAUCGGCUCAGCACCUCUCGCCCCCCUGCCCACGUGCCUGCAGGGGGCACCCCUGGGCCCUGCCUCGGCCUGAGGCCCCAGCCCGGGGGCCAGGGCUACCUGUGCUCCCUGUGCCCCGCCCCCUGGGCGGGGGCCUCCCACAGUGGCCUGGACCCCACCCUCAGGAGCCAGGCCAGCGAGCACUUGGGGGGGCCUCCCAGCCUGCGGCGAGGAAAGAGGGCGGAAGGCGGAGGCACGCAGGCCCUCGCCGGUGCCCCAACCCGGUCUUCCUCCGCUCUCCCAGCACACCCUGGAGGCAGGAGAGGGGCUGAGGGCCAAGGCGUUUGGGGCCUGCCCCUUCUCCUCAGCCUGGCAGUGGCUCCAUGAACCCCAAACUGAGGUUGCAUCUUCUCCCCUGGGCCGCGCUCAGCCGGCUGCCUCAACUUCCCCAGGAGGCGUGGGUCUGUGGGGGGAGGGGACGUGUCUCCCCGAGCCUGGAUGGAGGCCUCCCUUUGGUCCUGACUCACAAGCCUCACGGAUGCCCUGCCUGUGCGCCACACGACGGCGCCACGUCCGUCCCCUCGGGCAGGGCCCGGCGGGGCACCCACCGAGAGGGCCCUCAGCCUGGAGGCCGCUAACCCUGCUAAGACCCCUUGCCGGUCCCUCAUCUCAAAGCAGUGGGACGGCGGUUUCCGCCGGCCCUCAAGCCAGCGGCCAAGUCGCGGUCCCUACGUUGUCAAGCCCUUCCGGGGUGUGUGUGUGUGUGUGUGUGUGUGUGCGCGCGCGCGUGUGCAUGUGUGUGUGCAUGCGCACGCAUGCGUGUGUGCUCACUCUGGGGUGGGGUGGGGUGGGCCUGGCCUGGGAGGCGGGGAAGGAGGGCUCCGCCCCCACCCCCGACCCCGCCCAGAGCACGUGACCUGAUGCAGACUGAACCGGGGCUUAGGGGGCGGGGCCUGCAGGACAGUGACCCUGAGGACAUGCAGUCUGUGUGUAAGUGGGGGCGCGUGUGCCCAAGAUGCAGGGGUGACAACUGCCCAGGACCCCCAGCUCUGAAGACGCCCAGGCCGCGGGGUAGAGAUCAGCCGGGACGUGCGCCCCGUCCUCGGUCCCAUCCUCAGUCCCCACCAGGGCCUGGGAGCCCCGCGCUGCUGGGACGUGCUGGCCAGCUGCCCGACCCUGAGAGUGGCCCGGCCUGACACCCGGCUGCGAGCUGGGGCUGCGCUGGCGAGGCCCGAGGCCUCUCUCAUGAGAACAAGGACUCCCCGGCCUCCUUGGUAGGUUUGCUGGUGCAGACUAACCCCUGGGAGCCCCCCAAAACCCCCCUCCUGUGAGUAGACCCCCUUUUUGAGGCACUGGCGAGGAGGCAGGAUGUGGGGACAUCAGCCCUGGGGCCACCGGGGGUGACAGGAGCAGCAGCACUCCCGUCACCUCGCCCCACAGUGUCCAGUCACAAACCCUCCCGGCCCCCAGGCCACCCAGACCCCCUCCCACCCCAACACUGGCAAUAAACCCUCAACUGCGACUCA